UCUCGCCACUCGGCUCUGCGGGGCAGUGAGGAGCGCUGGCAGGGCCGGGAGCGGGGCAGUUUCGGGGUGUCCCCCUCCCGCCGCCCUGCCCCCCUUCAUGAGUCUCAAGUUUGAUGCGGGCGCAGCAGAGGCGGCGGCGGGAGCCCGGCUGGGGCGGCAGCGGCGCCGAGGCAGGGGCCGGCGAAGUAUGGCUGAGCAGCGGGCACCCCCGGGGGCGUCCGGGCACGGCCGGGAAGUUCGCGGCGGGGAGACGGCGGCGGGCGGCAGGAAGAAGAGCAGCAGCAGCCGCCCCAGCUGGUGUCUCCGGCUCCUGCUGCUGCUGUGGGCGGAGGCUCCGGUGCUGCCUGCCCGGGGCCAGCCCCAGCAGUACAACGGCGAGCGGGGCAUCUCCAUCCCGGACCAUGGCUACUGCCAGCCCAUCUCCAUCCCGCUGUGCACGGACAUCGCCUACAACCAGACCAUCAUGCCCAACCUGCUGGGCCACACCAACCAGGAGGACGCCGGGCUGGAGGUGCACCAGUUCUACCCGCUCGUCAAGGUGCAGUGCUCGGCCGAGCUCAAGUUCUUCCUGUGCUCCAUGUACGCGCCCGUGUGCACGGUGCUGGAGCAGGCGCUGCCGCCCUGCCGCUCCCUGUGCGAGCGGGCGCGCCUGGGCUGCGAGGCGCUCAUGAACAAGUUCGGCUUCCAGUGGCCCGACACGCUGCGCUGCGAGAAGUUCCCCGUGCACGGCGCCGGCGAGCUGUGCGUGGGGCAGAACACCUCCGAGCGCGGCACCCCCACGCCCUCGCUGCUGCCCGAGCUCUGGACCAGCAACCCCCAGCAGCGCGGCGCGGGGCCGGCGGGCGGCGAGCGGGGCGGCCGCUUCGCCUGCCCGCGGGCGCUCAAGGUGCCCUCCUACCUGAACUACCGCUUCCUCGGGGAGAAGGACUGCGGCGCCCCCUGCGAGCCCGGGCGCCUCUACGGGCUCAUGUACUUCGGGCCCGAGGAGCUGCGCUUCUCCCGCACCUGGAUCGGCAUCUGGUCGGUGCUGUGCUGCGCCUCCACCCUCUUCACCGUGCUCACCUACCUGGUGGACAUGAAGCGCUUCAGCUACCCGGAGCGGCCCAUCAUCUUCCUGUCGGGCUGCUACACCGCCGUGGCCGUGGCCUACGUCGCCGGCUUCCUGCUGGAGGAGCGGGUGGUCUGCAACGAGCGCUUCGCCGAGGACGGCGCCCGCACGGUGGCGCAGGGCACCAAGCGGGAGGGCUGCACCAUCCUCUUCAUGAUGCUCUACUUCUUCGGCAUGGCCAGCUCCAUCUGGUGGGUCAUCCUCUCCCUCACAUGGUUCCUGGCCGCCGGCAUGAAGUGGGGCCACGAGGCCAUUGAGGCCAACUCGCAGUACUUCCACCUGGCCGCCUGGGCCGUGCCCGCCAUCAAGACCAUCACCAUCCUGGCCCUGGGGCAGGUAGACGGCGACGUGCUCAGUGGCGUCUGCUUCGUGGGCAUCAACAACGUGGACGCCCUGCGGGGCUUCGUGCUGGCCCCCUUGUUCGUGUACCUGUUCAUCGGCACCUCCUUCCUGUUGGCCGGCUUCGUCUCCCUCUUCAGGAUCAGGACCAUCAUGAAGCACGAUGGCACCAAGACAGAGAAGCUGGAGAAGCUGAUGGUGAGGAUAGGGGUCUUCAGUGUCCUCUACACGGUGCCUGCCACCAUAGUCAUCGCCUGCUAUUUUUAUGAGCAAGCCUUUAGGGAACAGUGGGAAAGGAGCUGGGUUGCCCAGAGCUGUAAGAGCUAUGCCAUCCCCUGUCCCAAUAACCACAGCAGCCACCACCAUCCACCCAUGAGCCCUGACUUCACUGUCUUCAUGAUCAAAUAUCUCAUGACCUUAAUCGUGGGCAUCACCUCAGGCUUCUGGAUCUGGUCGGGGAAAACACUCAAUUCCUGGAGGAAGUUCUAUACCAGGCUUACCAACAGCAAGCAAGGGGAAACCACAGUGUGAAACCCAACCCAGCCAGGCCGAGGGACACCCACCAUCCCAACCAGAGAGGGCGGGUGAGGGACCAAACUCCACUGUAUGCCCACAAUUCCAAUCAGGAAUGGGGGGAGAGGCUGCCACAAAUCCACUCUUGGAAAACUUUCCAGACUUCUAGCCAUUUCCCCAGCCUGCAGGGAAGUGAGAGAAAUUAGGCAGGUGGGGAAACUCCUGAGAUGGGACAGUCUUUGCCUCCUGUGGGGAGUGAACUUUAUGUGUGGUUGGGGGAGAGGGUUGUAAAUAGCCUCUGUAAGAUUUUGUAAGUAUAUUUGUAUUUGUAAAUUACAAAGAUCUCUCACCUUUUUUAUUUUUAGGACAUUUUAACUCAUUUGCAGAUUUCCCCCACUGUUUUUAACUGGCAUUGGAUUUUAUUUUUCAUUUUAGUACAGGAUGGAAAAAUAAAAGCAACCAAAACAAACCACUCCUUUCAUCCCAGCACAGGUUUUGUAAUGGUUUUGCUUGGAGUUCAGUUGCAUGAACAGCAUGGCCUGGAUUGAGGCUGCUAACCUUAAUGCCCUAAGGUUCCUCCUGACACAGGCUGGGUCCUGAUCCCAGCAAGCCUAAAAGAUGGGUGGGAAUAGGGAGGGGCACAAACACCUGACUUGAUCCCUGCCCCGUAUACCUGAUGCAUAACGGGGGGAGUCUUGCUACUUGCAUCCUGAGGGGAUGGAGGAGCAAGCAGCUUUACCUCACUUCUGUGACCUCUGCCAUGGAUGGGGGAGGGGAAGAUGGUCUGACCCCUGCUGCCCAAUACCAGACAUGUCUAGUCCUUGCCAUAUAUACCCAGGGAGAUCUUAUCCCAGCUACCUAACCUUUGAGGGAACAACCUCCUUAGCCCCACUCAGAGGUGCCUGAUCAGGGGCAGAGCAGCAGACUAAACCUUUCUGUCAACACUUAGCAUUAGGUGGGGGAACUGGCUGCCUUCUGCUUUUUUAAAUUAAUUUAAUUGUACCAUGUGUUUGUUUUGUCAGUGGUCAGGAGUGGAGGUCUAAUACCAGCUGCACCUGUAGUAUGUCUGAUGGCUUAAGAGAGAUAAGAGGGCAUAGAUAGCAACCUUUAUUUUUAACCUGUAUAAUAAACUUAAUUUUUUUUUUAAUGCAAACCCAAGAGGGGAUUGAUCUGGCUAAUCUUUCAUCAGAAAUGGGGUUAUUGGCUGUUGCUGUCCCAAAAGUUUCACAGCGUAUGGAUGGAAGGAAGACUGAGGAUAGUUAUGUUAAUUGUUGUGUGCUCAGUUUCUUGGCUAUCUGCUUCCUUGAUGGGUCAGCUUGUGUGUGGUAUAACAUUGUUUCUUCUGUCAAUGAAACUGUUGAGGGAGAACUACCUGGAAGGCUGUGUUGAGGUACUUGAUAUUUACUUAGAUUAAUAGACUGCUCAAUAUAAACAGGGUCAGAAAAUAUGAGCUCAGUAAAAAGAGAUUAAUUGGAAUGACACGCAGUAUUCAGCUUUUUUAUUAAAUCUAUAAAUUGACUUUUCAGUUUGGAAAUAUUUAAAAUAUUAAAAUGCUCCUGUAUUAAAAUGCUCCAUUAUGUACACAUUGUGAGGGAGGGAUGAUUUAUUCCACUAUUAAAAACAACAACAACCAAGAAACAAAAUACUUAAUCUGAUGGGAUAUGAGACCUUAAGGAAACUCUGAUGUCCUUUCUAGUACCAUAAUUACAUUGCAUACUGUGAAGCAUGGGUGCAAUAUGUCUAUCUUUAAAAAAUGUAUGCUCCUGUGUUUUUUAAAGAGGGUUAAACAAGACACAUCAAAUGUAACUCUUCACCAAUGCAUUUUAAUAUUUAGUCCUCUGUAUGAAAAACAGCAGAAUGCUUCUCUCUCCUGAUUGUAUUUUUUUAAAGUUUUUAUAUAACAAGCGUCUGUAUUUAGGUUCAUAAAUGUUAUCUCUGGCUACCAUACCCUGAAAUGCAAUGGUAUUUGAAUUUGGUAUUCAUUUAUUUCUUUCAUUAUCACAAGAUCAUCUAUAUUUAUAGAGGAAUAGAAAUUUAUAUAUAUUAAAUACCAUAUUUUUAAUUUCUCUUAAAUAAAUUGAGGUUUUGUACAAAA